ACCACGCCCCUCAGAUAAGAAACAUGAGUCGAUUUCCAAGAGCAGGGCCUUGCAAUUCGCUUGUCCCCAAGCUUUCACUGCGUCCUCCACUUCAUUCGGAUCUGACAGCCGACUCAAUUGGCAGCAGGAUUUCGAUGGGCGGAAUAUCUUCCAGUUUCCAACAUGGGCCUCAUGCUUCCGCAAGGCUGUCGGGCCAAGUGCCAUAGGCUUAUUGGAUCCUGCCAUUUUGAGCCCAACAACCCCCGCCGCCAUUCCCGCCCAAUGCCAGAACAUGAAAGACAGGCCUCCAUGAGGAGAACAGGAUCUGGGCUCUGCUACCACCAGGUCUGAGCUGCAUGAGGCGGCAGGAAACGCAGGCUCUCAUUCGUAGGUAGCCAGCAACCCUUUCGGGAAUCAUGCGAUCCUAUCAGAACGGCCCUCUAAGCCGGCCCCCGCUACCAAGGCAAACUCAACGGCGGCGGCAUGGUUCGCAUUCUCGAAAACCGCUGAACCCCGAGAAGCCCAGGUGAGGGAGGGUGUAGGGUAAAUUGUGAAGAAUAUCCCCUCAGCUGUCUGGCAAUUAAUUGAUCAACUACUACGAGUCUCUUCCUCCAUCCUUUUCUUUCCAUCCCGUGUGCCUGGCAUGUGAAGCGACAUGUCAAUCGGCAAGCUUCAGGCCGCGCUGGCAUCGGCCACCAACGAGGUGACGGUCGCAGCAGCAAAUAUCAACUUUGACUUUGCGCUCGUCAAGUGCGAGGCGCCACCCGAAUACCAGCCGCUGGGUCUGCAGCUGUCGGCCAAGCGGAAAGACGAGGCUGAGAACGGCUCGCAACAUGUGACUGCUAGGAGACUGGGCGCUCUUUUCGACGGCCAAGGCCCCAAGGCCCCAAGGCUGAUCGCUGCGUUUGGCAAGCGGGCUUCCGAUAUUUCAAAAGAUGCCAACGUCAAGUUCAAGCCACAAUAUGCCGCCAACUGGAUCUUCUCCGACUACACCGGCGUCGACGCCACCUCCUUGUGGGCCGCGGCCACGUCCAGCAAAGCAGCGAUACCCGUCUACCUGCUGGCCUGCAUGCUGGCCCGUGUCUGGAGCGACGCCGAAGCCACUUCUCUCUGGGUCGAGAUCGUCGCUGGGAGGCGUCGGGAGAUCGCAACUCGCUUCGAGGCCGGCGAGGCCUUGCCGUUUGCGACAACCACGGCGGCCGCGCAGCAGGAGCUCACCCGUGAUCAGCUCGCCAAAUGGGACGCCAGUGCUCGGGCUUGGUUGCGGACUGCCGACGACAUGUGGCCAAAGCAGCGCCGGCAGUUCUUGCUCGUCGCGGACAAUAUCGAAAUCGCCGUCAACAACAUCAGUCAACCUUACCACAGCAUCAUCGAAGCUUGGGUCUCUGCUAUGGGAACGAUGGACAAGCUCAUUGGAGGGGAGCCGCACGCUAUCAAAGAUGGAUCGGUCCUCCUCGGCAUCUCAUCAUGGCACAUAUACCCAAACAUGACCGUAUUGGGCACCGCUGCCUUGAAAUCCGUUGACAUGGCAGACUCGCUGGUUCACCCAGGUGGUAUCAUCACUCUUGGCAUGAAAGAUCCUACAGAUAGGGCCGCCCGUGGUGCUUUUUGGUCACUGUCCCUCGCGCAUCACAGGUACUACGGCAAGCCGGUCCAGAAGAUGGUGGAGCUAAAUCGUGAUGGAAGUCGCCUUACGUUCAAAGAGCUACAAAUCGCCCUUCUCGGGAUGAUCCUGUCUCGGUGGAAUGUGCCAGUCUCGCAAACUGACCGGGCACUGAGGUUUCUCCUCAAGAUCGCGUCAGCGCUUCCCUCCAACCCAGACACGAGAGCGGAUGGAUGGAUCGGCAUGCUGGUUUCGCCUAUCAUGGAAUAUCUCCAAGGAGAUGAUCUCGCAGCGGAGUUGGUUUCUCUGGGCAGGCGCCGGCCGAACUUCAUUCCGACCGACGUGAACAGGCCUCCAGACCUGCCGUUCUUCGGCUUGUUGCAGAUCAACACAGUCUUACGACUGGUCCCAUCCUACCAUGACCGCACCAAUCUCAUGCUACGGCUUGCACUUCGAGCUGCCGGGCUGCGGGAUCGGAGAUUCGCCAUCGCUUUCGUGGCACAUGGUCAGCGCAAAGCUUGUUGCGUUGACCCGGUCUCAGGAAACAACGCCGAUGAAAUGACCCUACUCAACCUCCAAGUUCUGGAAUGGGAAGGUUGGGCCUCUUUUCAGGCCAUUGACGGCACGGUAUAUGGAUUCCACUUUGGAGACCCAGACUAUGCCGCCAUAUUUGUCGAAAGCAGUACGCUGGAGGCGCACACACAACCUCCUUGUAUCGAAAACGAGGACAUCGUAUGGGCGAUCCGGCGCGACAUGAUGGACCUCGUUGGGCUCAAGAAACUACUCACGAGACGCCAGCUCCAAGAUGCGGACAAAAUCAUGAUAGCGCUGUGCAAGCUCGGAUAUGCAUCGAGGGUAUACCAAAACCUUAGUCGGCAGGGCGCCUCGAUCUCUCCAAAAGCGCUGCAUGCCACCUUUGGGGUCAUGUGGUAUUUACCCGAUGAUCCCCAAGGCGAGACCUUAAUGGGCUACAUUGACAGGUUACAUGAAGCUGGGCCCACAUUGGCCAUGAGGUUCAUAUCUUUUUUUGAAACCGGCAUACUACUCCCCGACACCUUUUCACAGGCGGCCGGAGCCAUCGGCAUCGCGGUUGGGGACUCGAUAUAUGUGCCGACAAGACUGCUAUCAGACCCCGCGGUACAUACCGACCAGCCCUAUAAAUUCAGCAGGCUGCUUGGGAACAUUGGGCGGCCCGGGUUAUCAAUACUCACGACUCCUGCAACCGCAGACCUGCAGGCUCGAGACUCCGAUCUAGGGUUGUGGCAAAAGGCCCCACCUCGGUUCAACGGCGAGCGCGAGGACGCCUUCUCGAGAACUUCGAUGCACAUCGGCUUCACCGACUGGCAGGCGCCACUGUUUCACACGGAAUCGGUCGGGCAACACAGCUCGGAGAUCAGCCAUGUCGAGGUCGUCGUGUCGGUCCGCGAUUCUGGGGAGCGACCCGCGUUUACAUUUGCCCUGAAGAUGUGUGUUGGGAGUGUAAUACAUAAUAAGUUACUUCGAGCUCAGAAAUGCGAUGUCGGUUCGGCUGAGUCUACUAGAAGGCACCCACCGUUCCCGGCGAUGUUGUCGCGGACUGCUCCCGAGGCUUCCGAGCAAAACAAAGCACGCAUUCGAUGUUGGACCGGGCUCGCGUCUUUUGGCGCGAUUCACGACAACCUGGCCUAUCAAAGCCCCUGGCGGACCCCUACUGGCACUAUCAGCGGCGCUCCGACCAGGGGCUAA